AUGAUAAAGGCCUCCCUUGCCCAUUACAUCGGUUGCCCAAUAUCCAAGAGUUCGCAACUUGCGUUGCAAGCUGAUGGUCGUACUCCGCUCUCUAUUGUCGGCGAAACCCGCCUGUCAUUGUCCCGUAAUGGCAAGACCCUUACCCUCGAGGCUCUUGUUGUAGAAGACCUUGAUGUUGAUAUCCUCGCCGGAACACCUUUCAUGACCUGCAACGACAUUGCUGUCCGACCCGCAAAGCAUGAAAUUAUCAUCGCUGGUUCUGACAUUGUACCCUAUGGGUCCCCCAAUAGUUCCUUCAAAUACCAUGUUGUCAGAUAUUGUCAUGUAUUGCGUGCACCUCUUACGAACACCACUAUUUGGCCUGGUGGUUUCCUUGAGGUUGAUAUCCCUAUAGACUUUCCACCCGAUACCCAACUUGCUGUUGAGCCCCGGGUCGAUUCUACUUCGUGUCAAUCAAUUAAGUCCUCCCAUGCAUGGCCCCAACCCGGUAUUCUUGAGUCUGUCGGCAGAAAGCUUAGACUUGUCAAUUGUUCCACCGAGCCGAUCUUUAUUAAAAAGAACGACCACAUAUGCCAGGCUCGCCUCGUUACAAGCAGCUCCCCUCCACAAAUGCAAGUGCCCAGCUCACCAGACCUUGGACCCCCACCCCUACCACUCCACACUCCUGGAUAUCAUUCAGAGCAAGUUUCCGUAGAUCCCGACGGCAUUUUCUCACGUGACGAGAAGCGCGACACUCUCUCUUGAAGGAGUUUGAUCGUGUAUUCGAUCCUGUUAUACCCGGGUACAACGGCGCCGCCGGUCCCAUCGAAGGUGUCGUCAACAUGGGUCCAGUUCAACCCCCCCAGCGAAAAGGUCGUAUGCACCAGUAUGCUCGCGGUCAACUAGAGCAAUUGCAGACUAAGUUCGACGAACUUGAACAAACAGGGGUGUUUCAACGUCCCGAGGACCUAAACGUUGUUGCAGAAUACCUGAACCCUUCCUUCCUCGUCAAAAAAAAGAGUGGUGGCUUUCGCCUGGUUACCGCCUUCUCCGAUGUUGACAGAUACAGUAAACCCCAACCCUCGCUAAUGCUCGACGUCGAUUCCACUCUCCGCAAGAUUGCCUGCUGGCGCUAUACAGUAUAAUCGUUUCUGAUCUGUCUCAGUCGUUUUAUCAGAUACCUCUUGCCAAAAGCUCCCUCAAGUACUGCGGUGUAGCUACACCCUUCAAAGGCGUCCGCAUUUAUACCAGAUGUGCCAUGGGAAUGCCUGGCUCGGAAACAGCAUUAGAAGAGCUGAUGUGCCGCGUCCUCGGUGACCUCCUCCAAAAUGGAUGUGUCGCCAAAAUCGCUGAUGACCUCUACUGCGGUGGCUACACCCCUACAGAGCUCCUAUCCAACUGGAGAAAAGUCCUGACAGCCUUAGAUAAAUGUGAUCUCCGUCUCGCAGCCAAGAAAACCAUAAUUUCUCCUGUUUCAACUACCAUCCUUGGCUGGAUAUGGUCUCGCGGCUCAAUUUGUGCCUCUCCCCAUCGUAUAGCAGCCCUCUCUUCCUGCACCCCUCCAAAAACAGUCCGAGAUCUUCGCGCUUUCAUUGGAUCCUACAAAAUGCUCAGCCGUGUUAUUGAAGGUUCAGCUUCCAUCCUCGCCCCCCUCGAGAGUAUUACCGCCGGGAACCAAUCAAGCAGCCCUGUGGUUUGGUCUGAGUCCCUUACAACCUCCUUCUACCACGCUCAAGAAGCACUUUCAUCCAACAAGUCAAUUGUGAUCCCAAAACCUGAAGACCUACUUUGGAUUGUUACUGACGGCUCUGUGAAGAUGAAUGGUCUCGGUGCCACACUCUAUGCCCUUCGUGACAACAAAUUGCUUCUUGCUGGUUUCUUCAGCGCAAAGACCAGAAAACAUCAAGUUACUUGGCUCCCCUGCGAAGUUGAAGCACUGUCCAUCGCGUCCGCCAUCAAACAUUUUGCUCCUUAUAUCAUCCAGUCCAAGUUCCAAACCUGUGUGCUGACCGACAGCAAACCCUGCGUCCAGUCUUUCGAGAAACUGUGCCGUGGCCAGUUCUCCGCCAGCCCACGUGUUACCACCUUCCUUUCCACCGCCAGCCGAUACCAGAUAUCUCUCCGUCACCUUUCUGGCUCUGCCAACCUACCAUCCGACUUCGCAAGCCGCAACGCACCACCCUGUGAUGACCCUCGUUGUCAGAUUUGUUCCUUCAUCUCUAAAGCUGAAGACUCUGUGGUUCGCCCAAUUUCCGUCCAUGACGUCCUCUCUGGCGCUGUUACUCUUCCCUUCACCACUCGUUCUGCAUGGUUACAAACCCAACAAGAAUGUCCCGACCUACGCCGUGCCCACUCUCAUCUCAAGCAGGGUACCCGUCCAUCCAAGAAGUCCACCAAUAUUAAGGAUGUCAAGCGCUAUCUCAAUGUUGCCUCUCUGUCUAGAGACGGUCUAGUGGUCGUUAGAAAAGAAGAGCCCUUUUCUCCCUCCCGCGAAUGUAUCAUCGUCCCACGCCCUGUCAUAGACGGCCUGCUUACGGCACUCCACGUCAAACUUAACCACCCUUCUCGACACCAGCUCAAACAAGUCGUCCUUCGCUAUUUCUACGCAUUGGACCUUGAUAAAGCCCUAGACCGGUGCUCACAGUCAUGCCACAUUUGCGCCUCACUUCAGAAGAUACGCAACUGUUUGAUUGAACAGUCCACAUCGGACCCUCCUGAUGCAGUUGGCCUUUCAUUUGCGGCCGAUGUAAUGAUCGUGAAGAGAAACAAACAGCUCAUCCUGGUCGUUCGCGAGACAACUACAAUCAGUUUCAAAAGUCUUGGGACAGAUGCCACAAAACCUUUGAAUUUCAACAAACGACAAUCCCCCCCGCCCCCUGUUCAAUGUUGUGUCCCAUUUCUCGUCGAGUUUGAUGUGUUUUGGUUUAAACAACAUUGAUUGGGGUGGGGGGAGGGGGAGGGGAGCGGUAUUGUGUGUAAAAAAACUAUAAUGAUCCACUUACAAACUAAAACUACAUGUGUCCCAACAACUUCUGAAAGUGAUUGUCUGGGCCCCAUAUGCCAUAACAUCAUUGUACAUUUCAAAAGUACAGGGAAUAGAAUGCUCUGUGAACGAAGUAUUUCAGCUCCAUUUCGUUCACAGAACAUCUAAUGACAUUAUAGAACAAUUAGGUUUCAUUAAAAUUCUCAAAGUUAAUAAUAACAGAAUAUGAAUAUAAUUUGUUAUGUCAUAUUGCAUUCUUAAUCACAAAGGUUUUAUACGUUGUUUGUUUCUACAAAUUUUGGCAGAUCACUAGUAGGUUAUUUGAGAGGUUAUAGUCCGUCAAUAAAGAUAGGUAUCGCAAAUGUUUUACGCUAGAUAUGUCACACAUACUGUUAAUUUAUAGCAUAGUAUUAUAACAUCCGGUCACUUUCGCAUUCGGGUAAGGGCUGAGUCAACUGCUAAUUCGAGUACUCCGAAGGUAAAGAACGUUUGAUUUUUAUCACCAAUAGUGAAUGUGACAUUUCACAUCUUUCUAGAGCAGAAUUUGCAGAUAUAAUUGUCGACGCAUGGGUACGAAGGAGCACUCAGUGGGUGGGAAUUUCGGAGGCUAAUGGAAAGGGCGGUAUCAUAUAGUAUAUAUAGUCACUUCCACAUGGCUAAAAAAUUGUCCGCAAGAUCAAGUUGGCGAACUAUCGGAAAGCUCGAGAAGAGUAAGUUCGGCAUUUAAUUGUACUCAGUCAGACAAUCCCAAAAAUUACUAUUCAGCGUAUUGGUACGUGGUAAAGAAUGACCCGGACUUCGUGAUUUCUCCAGGGCUUAUAGACCUCCCUAAUGCUGACGCGUUAGCAAGUACUAGCGCGCGCGACCCGCCGAAGCGAGGACGUUGCACAGGCUUCCAAAAAUAUGUAACGAAAGGGACUCGCUGUAUACGGCGUUGUACGCAUUAUACAACACAAAGUUAUUGUUAUACGCUAAUUAUGCUAAUGCGCGUUUCCGGUCCAGACGAAUGCAAUGAAACUAACAUCGGUUGUCACUUCGAUUGUCACUAUAGAAAUAUGAAAUAAUGGGCAACUAGGCAGUUUUUAAAUCAGAACAAGGCUAAGAAUAAUUUGUUGAGAAUGUCUAACAAUGUAUUUGCUAUUAAUGAAAGGGUUUGAAAUUGAUUAAUCCAAGUUUUGGAUCGAUUGACACUUUUCUACAUAAAUAAAUCUGAUAUAUCAUAGUGAUAUUUCUAGAGUUGAGUGUCAAUCGAUACAUUUUAUACAAUUUAUACACUUUGUGAUUAAGUAGAACCCGUAAUAUAUCAAUACGCGCUACCUAAACACUUUUGCUUCGUACUUAAUAUUCUGAAAAUUACAGUUUCCCGCGACAAUUGAAAGUUAUAUCAAUGAAAAUGCUAUGUGUUUCAAAGUGACAACCGAGUGACAAUCGAGCACGUGUUCAAACCGUUUUAUAUUACAUACAUAUUUUCAUGUCAAAUAUGCACAAUCUUUAAGUGGUUUUCAAUAACUUACCCUUGCAUUUUAUUCAGCAAUAACCUAGGUCGAUAAUUAACCAGAUAGAUGUGUUUUAUCCCUUGCAUAUAGAGCAGGUUUAAUCUCUCAGCCUACGUCCCUCCCCACAUAUCACAUCUGUUUAUAAGCUCAUUUAUAAUAUACUGUUCAGUCUGUUUGAUUAUGUUACAUUUCAAAUGUAUUGACCACAACAAGCACAGUAUAAAAGAAUUAUAUAUGCCAGUGCAAUUCAGUAAAUAUGUUAUACUAAAUGCUAUACGAUUUUUGCAAAACUGAUAUUCUAAAACACUCGGUAAUUCGAAGAGGUUAAAUAUGCUUUUCAUUGCCUUUCAGACAAUCAGUUUCAAAAGUCUUGGGACAGAUGCCACAAAACGUUUGAAUUUCAACAAACGACAAUCCCCCCCGCCCCCUGUUCAAUGUUGUGUCCCAUUUCUCGUCGGGUUUGAUGUGUUUUGGUUUAAACAACAUUGAUUGGGGUGGGGGGAGGGGGAGGGGAGCGGUAUUGUGUGUAAAAAAAUUAUAAUGAUCCACUUACAAACUAAAACUGCAUGUGUCCCAACAACUUCUGAAAGUGAUUGUACUUCGUUUACCACGUCCUGCAUAAUAGAAAAUGAACGCCAUGAUACUCUCCGUGCUAGCCUCAUGCAUUUUCCUCUGCCUUGAGCUACGCCCAAUAUCUGGCCCAUGCGCAGUAAUCAGAGUCGAUCCAGCUCCCGGAUUUGCUUCCCUAUUCAACGACGAGGAAUUGCGACGACAUAAAAUUACCGUUGAGAUUGGUCGCGUAAAGAACGUGAACAAGAACCCCGUGGCCGAGAAAUGCAUUGCCGAGCUCGGUGAUGAACUGUUGCGCGUCUCUCCAGAAGGUGGUGCCGUCUCCCCUGUAACACUAGCGAUUGCCACGGCAAACCUGAAUACUCGUAUUCGUGACAGAGGUCUAUCCGCCCGUGAGAUGUGGUACCAGCGUGACCAGUUUACGAAUUCGCAACUUUCCAUCUCCGACCUACACCUAAUCAGAGAACAGCACUCUCACCGUAUACAUAAUCACCCUGCCAGUGAGAAGUCUAAAACCCCUAGUGGUCAACGCCGAGCAUCGCCCGCCCUUCAAGUUGGCGACCUGGUAUAUAUCACUUCAGAUGGCUCCAAAACUCGUGCACGAGAUCGAUACUUGGUUGUGUCAAUUGAUGGGUCGUGGUGUAAUGUACGCAAGUUUGCUGGUUCCCAACUCCGAUCCUCGCCAUAUCGCAUCAAGUUAUCAGAGUGCUUUCUUGUCACCAACAAUUUCACUGCUCCACCUCCAAGUCCUCGUCUCCACCAACCUCACAAGUACACUCCAGCUGCUGAACCCAAGCCUCCCUGUCCACCUCGAGUCCCGGAAAAGUUAUCCCUUCCUCCCUACAACGAUGAUUGUGUUUUACUCUCAUCUCACACCACUUGUUUCCCUGGUCCUGAUUACAAACAUUCCCCGUCUAACUCUUAUAAAGCUGAUGAGCUCACUACUAGUCUUCCUAGCCCCUGCCAGUCACCCUCCACCCCCGCUGCAUCCGAAGAUUCACCUGCCCCUCGACGCUCCAGUCGCCAACGCCAUUCUCCCGUUCACCUGCAAGACUUUGUUACAUAG